AUGAUCACAGCAACAACUUGGGUGCCCCGCGGUUUUGCGGCCGAGUUCCCCGUUCGCCAAGAGGUCACAGAGGAGGAGUAUGAGCGCAUUGCAGACCUUGCCCGCCUGCAGCUCGAGGAUGCGCAGGAGGACCUUGACGAUGCGCGCGCUGAGGCUGGCGAGGAGGGGAGCAAGAAGAGCAAGAAGGGCGAGAAGGAUGCCGUGGAAAUGAAGGAUGCCGAUGAGGAUAGAGAGGACAAAGAAGCGAUCGAUGAUGACCUCAAGGAGUAUGAUCUCGAGAACUACGACGAGCCUACAGAAGAGGAGAAAAAGACGGGUGAAGUCAUGGGCAUGUUUGGAAACAUUAAGGGUUUAGCAUACUACCAGCCCGGCGAAGCAGAUCCAUACAUCACCAUAAACGACGCCGAAGACGACGAAGAGCGCGAAGAGCUCCAGAUCUUUCCCACAGACAACCUCCUCAUCGCCGCCAAAUCUGAAGAUGACGUCUGCCACCUCGAGAUCUACGUCUAUGAAGAUAGCGCCGAUAACCUCUACGUUCACCACGAUAUCAUGCUGCCCGCAAUUCCCCUCUGCGUUGAAUGGCUCGACAUCCCAGUCGGCAAGAACCUCACCAACGCCCCCAACGCCCGCGGCAGCUACGUCGCCGUAGGUACCAUGGAUCCCGACAUCGAAGUCUGGAACCUCGACCUCAUUGACACUCUCUACCCCAACGCUAUCCUCGGCGCCGGCGGUGCCCCCGCCCCCACCGAAAUCACCAAGAAGAAGAAAAAGAGCAAGCGCAAAGCCCCCGUCGCGAACGACACCCACCACAUCGACGCCGUCCUCUCACUUGCCGGUAACCGUCAGCAUCGUAACCUUCUUGCCUCAGCGUCAGCGGAUAAGACAGUGAAGCUAUGGGACCUCAACACCACGACCUGCGCCAAGUCAUACUCCCACCACACCGACAAGGUCUGUGCCCUCGCAUGGCACCCCACAAACUCCACCACGCUGCUGUCGGGAUCCUAUGACCGCACCGUUGUGUGGGCAGACAUGCGUGCUCCGGACGCCACGCCCCCGCGCUGGGGACUCGAGAGCGAUGUCGAGGACCUCAAGUGGGACCCGCAUGACAACAACUACUUCUACGUGUCCACCGAGGGUGGUGCUGUACACUUCUUCGACACUCGUGUUCUCCCGGCGUCACCCGCCGCCAGCAGGCCUGUGUGGACGCUACAAGCGCAUGACAAAAGCGUGUCCAGCUUUGAUAUCUCGCCUGUUGUGCCUGGGUUCCUUGCGACGGGAUCGGCGGAUAAGACUGUGAAGCUGUGGAACACGCAGACAGAGACUGGGGGCCCGUCGAUGGUGUCGAGCCGGGACUUGGGAAUGGGAAGGAUCUUCUCUACGAGGUUUGCGCCAGAUGCGGAGGUUGGGUUUAGACUGGCUGUUGCGGGAAGUAAAGGCGCAGUGACCGUGUGGGAUACCAGUACCAAUGCUGGUAUUAGGAGAACGUUUGCCGGGCGUGUUGCGGCGGUGGCACCGGUCGCGGAAGGGGCAGAGGUGGUGGAGGAUAGGCUUGUGGGCGUGGAGGAGAGUAGUGGGGAGAGUGAGAGUGAGGAUGGAGAGGGAGAAGAUGAUGGCGAGGAUGCAGGUCCGGAUGGGUGGGAGAGUAUGGACGAGAAGGAUGAUUAA